AUGCCGUCUCGCCUUCAUCGAGCUCUUCGAGUCGGAACCGCAGCUGCGUGGGCCCUCGGCUUCGCCCUCCCUGCUAGCUCAGAAGUGGCGCCGGACGAUGUCCCCAUUCUCCCCACCGUCAUCAAAACCGAGCCGACCGACUUCGUCGCCAAAUCCUACGACUAUGUCGUCGUCGGGGGCGGCACAGCCGGUCUAGUCGUAGCGACCCGCCUUUCCGAAGACCCGAGCGUUACCGUCGCCGUACUCGAAGCUGGGGCAUUUGUCCCUCCUGGGACCGAUCCGAGGUUGGACAUAGCAGCACAAUACGGCUCGGCCUUUGGCGAUGCGCAAUUGGAUUGGAACUUGAAGACUGUACCGCAGGAAGGGUUGGGCGGCAGGAUUGUCGAUCAGCCAAUUGGACGUCUCCUCGGCGGCUCGAGCAUGAUCUGCGAUCUUCUCUGGCAACGCGCCUCACGCGAAGAGUACGACGCCUGGGGAACUUCGCUCGGUAACGGGCCCUCGUGGUCCUUUGACGCUCUCCAGCCAUACUUCAAGAAGUCGGAGAACUGGACCGGCCCACCUCUGGACGCUGUACCCGGUGCUGUAGACGACCUGUCAGGACUAGCGCAAGUCUUUGGGAAGGACGGGCCCGUGCAGUUGAGCUACAACAACUUUCACCCCGACACGAUUGCGCCGGCUGUUGAAGCUGCUCGCAACCUUGGCGUGAAGACGAACCCGAACCCGAAUACAGGCGAUCCCUCUGGCUUCUCCACGCCCGCGCGUGCCGUCGACCCUCAAACGGGGAUGCGUUCGUCGGCGCUCUCAGCGUACUUGAUGCCGAACAGCGACCGGACGAACCUCGCUAUUCUCACGCACGCACAAGCCACGAAGAUCGUCUUCGCUACUCGUACUAGCUCAGAUGGCCCGGUACGAGCGAGCGCGGUCGAUUUCAUUCAUAGCGGGACAAGCUAUACUGUUCGCGCCACUCGGGAGGUCAUCGUGGCUACAGGGGCACUUCGAACGCCGCAUCUUCUCGAGCUCUCGGGUGUGGGCGGGAAAGCUCGCCUUGAGUCUGUAGGUAUCGAGUCCGUCGUCGAUCUUCCCGGUGUGGGAGAGAACUUCCAAGACCAGACGUUCACUUUAAUGGAUGUCAAGAUGAAAGAGGGAUUGACUACGCUUGACCGCAUGCGCUUCGACAGUGCUUUCGCUGUAGAGCAGAUGGAGCAAUUCGCGACUAAGCAGACUGGCCUCCUCACCUACGACACCCCAGCAACUGCGUCUGUGCCCCUUCAAACACUCUUGUCGGCGGAGAACAUCACACUUCUCGAGACCCUCCUCCCCUCGCUCAUGGAUCCGUCGCUCAGCGCAUUCAAACAAGCUCAAUACAAGCUACAGCGACAGUUUUUUGAGGGGAAGAAGGUCGGAUGGGCAGAGCUGCUGCUUCUCGCUGCGGGAGGCGUGUUGAAGACGCCGGAGGCGAAUGCAUCGUACUCGACUUCCAUCGUGUUUAACUUGUACCCGUUUGCACGAGGAUCGGUGCAUAUAAACUCGACUGACCCGUUCGCGUCACCUCUGAUUGACCCGGCGUACUUCGCGCACGACUUCGACGUGGCCAUGCACGCACUUACAAUGGGCUGGUUACGCAAGUGGAUGCAAACGGAGCCCAUGGCAUCGCUCGUAGAAAGUGCGAACGUCCCAAACGAAGAAGAGGUGAGCACGUUCGAGGAAUGGAAAGAGUACUCGAGGAAGAGCGCCGUCUCGACUUUGCAUCCUCUCGGGACAGCAGCGUUGGGACCUAAACGUCUAGGCGGUGUCGUUGCGCCCGACUUUCUGGUGCACCAUACAGCGAACCUCCGCGUCGUUGACGCGAGCGUCAUCCCGCUAUCGUUCUCUGUCGCACCCUUGGCCACGGUGUACGCUAUCGCUGAGAAGGCAGCGGGCGAAAUCAAAAGGGCGCAAGUCACGCUCGCAAACAUUGACGCGACGCAUGUCGGGUCUACUGAAGGCUCACACGACGAGCUGUAA